CGAUGUAAUGCAUUCCGCUAUGCUAUGAUGAUGCGGUGAUGUGGGUUGGAUUGUAUUAUACGAAAUGUAGUAAACAAAUUUCGAAGUGCGCAGAUGUUCAGAAAUACUGCUCUUUAUAUCGUGAAUCCUUGAUAUCUCUUCAAAGUUGGUUGUGUUAAUGUAACAUCUCUCUUUAUCAUAAGGGACAUUGCUUGAAAUAUUGCAUGGGCAUAAUAAAAAGGAUAUGACAGUUGAAGAUCCUUUUUUCGUUGUAAAAAAUGAGGUUGUGGAAGCUGUAAAUAAAACCAAAGAUUUGUAUCAACGUUGGUGUGAACUCAAAGAUUUGAACCUCAUCAGCAAAGAAGAAAUCGAAUGGACUACAAAUGAGCUAAAAAAUAGUUUCAGAAGUAUUGAAUGGGACUUGGAAGACCUUGAAGAAACAAUUUUUAUUGUGGAAAAGAAUCCGAAGAAAUUUAAAAUAGAUUUUGGAGAAAUAAAUACCAGGAAAGCAUUUAUUGAUAAAACAAAGGAGGAAGUACAGUUGAUGAAAGACAAAAUGUUUGAAACGAGAGAGAAAAAAGUGCGGCAGGGUCUUCUUGGAACUGGAUAUGCCAAAUACACUCGUUUAGAAAAUGAAAUUGAAAGCCCUACACAGAGCAAUUUCAUUCAGGAUACCCAACAAGCACAAAAGUUGAUAUUAGAUUCUCAAGAAGAGCAAAUUGAAAGAGUUGGAACAACCGUUAGUACCUUGAAGUCCAUGAGUCGACAGAUAGGAAGUGAAUUAGAUGAACAGUCAGUAAUGCUGGAUGACUUAGGGUAUGAAAUGGAAGUCACGGAAUCGAAAAUGGAUGCCACAGUCUCCAAGAUAGCAAAGGCAUUGCAUAUGACUAGUGAUAGGAGACAGUGGACAGCUAUCGGGAUCUUACUACUAAUCAUGUUCAUAGUGAUACUUCUAUUUUUUAUUUUGUAAAGAACAUUCCAUCCCUAUUUUACCUUUAGAAGCAGUGGCACAUCCAAGGGACAUUAUUGAAAUGCUUCAAAGAAAUAUUUAUUUGUUUUCUAAAGCAAGUUUAAUGCAAAAAAUUAUUUAUGAGCAAUACCAAAAAAAUUAUCAGAACAUGUGUUUAAGCAAAUUUUUAUUGUUAAAAAUGUAUGCUAAAUUUCUAUACGUUUUUUUUUUUUUUUUUUUUUGAAAAUGUUUCUGUGUGUUUUUGGAAAACACAACAAAGCUAAGGUUAGUCUUUUUGAAGGCAUUAUUAACAUCAUAAGAUCAAUUUUUUAUUCAAACAUUAAUAAUAGUAAUAAUUGUAGGUCAUUGUACUGAAACUUGAAAAGUUGGAGAAAAUAAUAACCCAAUAUAAAUUAAAUUCUGUGCACAACAAUUAAGUGUUGUUUAACAAUUAAAGCAACAUUAUUUUUGACAGGAACAUAAUUUUAAUUGUAAAAAAUCCUCCCCAGCCCCAAAUGUAAUUCAUGUGAAGAGUUGAAAUGCUUUCUUAGAUUAAAAUUCUUAUGUUUUUCAUUCACUACUUUUUGACUGACUUUCUGAUUUCUGACUGCUGAUUCAAUUGUAUAUUUAAUUGUUAUUCCAAGCGAUACCCAUCAGUGGCGACGAUUCGGGGUGAGCUCCCCCCCCCCCCUUCACUUUUUAUGAUUAAUUUGUUCAAUUUUCAAAGGAACCAAAACUAGAAAUUAUAAAAAAAGCAAAAAUGACAAUUUUCAGAAGACAGUGAUUUGUUUUACUUUGUAUAUUUGUUCAUGAAACAUUAUUUAGCACAAGCAAUACCCUUUAGUUCAUUGUUUAGAUAUUAGUAAAUCAAUUGUUUUACUUAAACAAGCCAAACUUGUUUAAUGAAAUCAUUACCAAGUGUUUGUGACAACUCAAAAUACUUCGGGAUAGAUAAUGUAAGUCUAAUUCAUGUCAAAGUCUUUCUUCUGGGAAAGUUAUUGUGUACAUACAUAAUUAAUCAAAAUCUUAAGAAAAACGAAGUUAAAUUGUUAGAUUUACAUCAACUUCCACAUCUGCUCUCAAAACCAGCCCUAACAAAAUUUUGUACUCCCCUCCCCCCCUUUUUUUCUUUUUCAUUUUUUGCUGCCGCUGAAACCCCACAGAUUUUAGGGGGUUUUUUGCCCCCCCCCCCCACCCACUUGUAAGCCCCAAUCGUCGCCACUGAUGCCAAUUGUAUUUGCACAGCAAUCUUUUUCUGGAAUUACUUUCCAUAUACAACUUCAAUUUCUUUUUCUUUGAGUGUGAGAGUUAAAGAGAUAAACAUUUUUUAAUUUUCUGUAGCAAUUAGUGUGUUUGUAAUAUAAUGUGUUUGAAUGUACAGUUAAAAUGAGUUCAUUUUUGAAGUCUAACACCAUUUAAUGUACUUAAUACUUUUACUGUUUGUAAUAGUUUGUGGUAAUUUGCAUUAUGUGUUUUCUUAGGAAAUUCCUUGGGUUAAGUUUUAACCAUCGUAGCAGCUUGUUAAUUGGUGAAGAAAAUCCACAGAAAACCCUUGGUGUGCCAUUGUUUAGUAACAAGAUGUACAUAAUGAUUAUGCCAUCCAUACCGUGUAUAGGAUGUUUGCCAUAAAUAGAUUUUUUAAUAUUUAACUUUUAGUGAUCUAUGUAUAUGUGUACACAGAGUUUAUGAAAUAUUUUGUUCCGACCAUUGAGAUUAAAGCAGCUAUUCGUUGUAUCAAAGUCUUUAUUUUCUGCUGAGCAGUUGAUGUCGUAUGUGUACAGUAAAGUAAAAGUUUGAAUUUUUAGAAAAUAUGAAUUAUUCAUUGAGACUUAAAUAAAUGAGUUUUAU